AGCGCUGCAGGGACAGAGAAAGACAGAGACAGAGAGGGAGAGGGAGAGGGGCAAGGGAGCCCGAGCCGGCCCCGCGGGAGAGCAGCUGCAGCCCCGGAGACUGAGCGGGCGGGUGGGCAGAGCACCAGCUGAGCCACAACAGGCCAAGAGGCAGGACCACCAUGCCUGGUCUCUAUUGUCCAUCCACCUGGACUCCUCUGCCCCUCAAGGACUCCUGGGUCCGGGCCUGUGUCAAUGGCCCCUGCUUGGGCCUCAAUGCCCGCCUCACUUACCACAACCCGGCACCAGAGCCUGUGGAAGGGGUGUUUGUAUAUCCGCUGGCUGAGGCAGAGGCCGAAGUGGUGUCUGGCUUCGAGGCAGAAGCGGCCGGAAGGCGGGUCUCCUUCCAGGUGCAGAGCCGUCACAGGAGUGCCAGCGAGCCCUGCUGCAGGGAGCUGCGUCCAGAGGCCGGCCUGCCCCGCCGCUGUGCCCAGGGUCAUUUGGUUCUCCAUCCAGCCCAGGCUCGCUCCACACUGGUACUGCCCACAGGCCUCAUCGCCCCUGAAGGGACCAUCACUGUGUCGUUGAGGAGCAGCCGAGAGCUUCACACGAGGCCAGACGGGGCGAUACGGGUGGCCUUACCCUCCAUCCUCACCCCCCUGGCCCAGUCCAGCCCAGCCAGACCCUCUGGCCUCUGUGACGACAGGUUGGGCCUAUGUCCUACCAGCUGCUUUGGGGUGGGCACUCCUGAGGAUGAGGGGCCUGCCCAGAAAGACUCACCAGCCCCCAGGGACAUGUUCUGUGGCCCUGCCCGGUGCCCAGGUCCUUACACCUUCUCCUUUGAGAUGCUGGUGACUGGACCGUGCCUGUUGGCAGGUCUAGAGAGUCCCUCCCAUGCCCUCCGAGCAGACGCCCCACCACAUGCCAGUUCUGCAGCCACUAUCUGCAUCACCCUGGCUGAAGGGCACCCCUGCGACCGGGCUUUGGAGAUCCUGCUGCACCCCAGUGAGCCUCACCGACCGCACCUGAUGCUGGAGGCAGGCGGGCUGAGUGCCGCAGAGUACGAGGCCCGAGUGAGGAGCCGAAGGGACUUUCAGCGUCUCCUGCGAAAAGACAGUGAUGGAGAUCGCCAGGUGUGGUUCCUGCAGCGUCGUUUCCACAAGGACAUCCUCCUGAACCCAGUGCUGGUGUUGAGCUUCUGCCCAGAUCUGAGCUCAGGGGCCCUGGAUCCUGGCUCAGCCACGAGGGAGUUUCUCUUUCUGGUGGACGGCCACGGGGCCACUUACAAGGAGGCCCUGCUCCUUGCAGUGAAGUCUCUCCCCCCUCAGACACUCAUCAAUGUUGCUACAUUUGGCUCCUCUGUACACCCGCUCUUCCCUGCCAGCCAACCCUGCAAUGAUCACACCGCGCAGUUGGCCUGUGAGGGCAUCGAGGCACUGCCGACAGGCUGGGAAAGGCCUGAUGUGCUCGCUGGCCUUCGCUGGGCCCUGGAGCAGCCGGGCCAACGAGGCCACCCACGACAGGUGUUCCUGCUCACGGCAGCAGCUCCUGCUGCUUCCGCCACCCACCACACUCUUGAGUUCAUGAGACACCACGGGGGGAUGGCCAGGUGCUUCUCCUUUGGCCUGGACACUGCCUGCCACCAGCUGCUCCGGGGUCUGUCCACCUUCAGCCGAGGCCAUGCCUACUUUCUGGCCCCUGGGGAGAGGCUGCAGCCCAUGCUAGUGCGAGCACUUCGGACUGCACUGGAGCCGGCUCUGAGUGACAUUUCUGUGGACUGGUUUAUGCCUGACACGGUAGAGGCAAUGUUGACGCCUAGGGAGAUCCCCACACUCUACCCAGGGGACCGACUGAUCGGCUACUGCUCGCUCUUCCGUGUAGAAGGCUUUCGACCCCGUCCACCUGUGGGUCAAGAGCACGGAUGGAGGAGCUCAGGUGGUUCCGUGUUCCCAUCUCCAGAGGAGCCAUCAGCCACUAGCCACGGCACUGAGCUGACAGGGGCCACAGACCCACCAGAGGCAGGCACCGCAUCUGCCGGCCGAUCCAGCCACUAUGGGCCAGGAGACUCAGAACGGAGUGAGUGUGGGUGGGAAGGCCCACAGGGGAUAGGGAAGGAGAAGCCGGGGGCCUACUCUUCCAUACUCCCAGCAGGUGCUGACCCCACUACAGAUCCAGCUACUGACCCUGGGCCAGACCCCCCAUCAGAUGCAGCAAUCUGGCGGCGGAUCUUUCAUUCCUCCUACAUCCGUGAGCAAUACAUCCUGACCAGAUGUUCCACCAGCCCGGAGCCGGGCCCUGCUUCCCCUUGCAGCAGUGAGUCCCCAGGAUCCUGGGGCCCUGGCUCUCCCGAGAAUAGCGCCCCGCCAGUUCUCCCUUCUCAGCAGGGCCACCGAAGCCUGGCUUGGGGAGAUCCUGCCACUGCUGCCGCCACCAGCUACUCCUGCCCACUGCCCUUGUCGGCCCCAUUCACGGCUCCUCCCCUAGCCGUAGAGACGCCAGGGCGGCUUCCCAAAACAGCCUUCACAGGGCGCAGCCUCUCAACCCCCCAGGGUGGAAAAGACCCCGUUUUCCAUCCCCGAAGGAACCAGUCCUUGGGUGGAGAGUUGGAUAAACCAAGCCCAGAGCAAGGGCAACAGCUACGAAGAAGUCUCGAUGACUCAGGAAACCUGCUCUCCCCAACGCCUCUGGAGUGGGACAUGUUGGUGGAACCCCCCUUCAUUUUUGCCCCCUCACCGGCAGCAGAGGAUUCUGCCCCCUCCCCCACCGCCCCACCUCCCCCACCGCCCCAACCCCCGAGGUGUCACGUGGCAGUCCGGGCCCUGCAGGAUGGGCAGCCCGUGUGCUGGGAGGUGGGCGCUGGCUUGGAGCCAUUCCUGGGGACCCCAGAAGAGUCUCUGCCACCAUCUCCUGAGAGGGGAGACGCCUGGGACCAGACCCUGCACCGGCUGACAGCAGCUUCUGUAAUCCGGGACAAUGAGCAGCUGGCCCUGCAGGGGGCGGAGCCAGGCCCCAUCCGCCGAUUCCGGCUCAGAGCCCUACAAACGAGCAAAGCUACUGCGGCCACCUCCCUCUUCACCUACCCAGUGGCUGUGGACGCCGUCACGCGCGAAGCCCUCCCGGUGGUGCUCCAGAUUCACAGCUCAGAAGCAGUGCUGCCCGUCCCAAUGCCUGCCUCCUGCGCGGACUCUCCCGAAGGCCCGGCUCACCCGGAUGGGCUUGCAGACAAUGCCUCGGCCAGCUCCCGGGACUCUGAGAACAGUGCCGGCUCAAGGCUCAGCUGGAGGAGGUUUGGUUCUGGCCGAAGACUCUACACCCCUGAGCCUGAACGGGGCCCGGCGGGAGAGGGUGACAAGGAGAGCAGUGACCACAACUACCUCCCGUUGGUGCGGCUGCAGGAGGCUGCCGGGUCCUUCCGCUUGGACGGCCCCUUCUGCGCGGCCGUGCAGAUCCCCCACGAGAGGCUGUGCAGGGCCUCGCCCUUCCCGGCACACCGGGCCACCCUCAGCCCGGCCUCUGCCUCCUCACCUUGGGCUCUCCUUGGCCCGGGCUCUGGGGACAGGCUGACAACUUCGGGUAGCCAGUCCCCCAGCACGGGCUCGGAGGGACCGGGCCAGGUGGACAGCGGGCACGGGUCUGACACAGAAGCCUCGGAGGGUGCGGAAGGGUCGGGGGGCCCCGACCUGCGGGGCCGGAGCUGGGCUACGGCCGUUGCCCUGGCCUGGCUGGAACACCGCUGCACGGGCACCUUUGGGGAGUGGGAGCUGGUGGCGGCCAAGGCCGACAGCUGGCUGAGGGCCCAGAGCCUGCCCGACCGGCUGGACCUGGCUGCCCUCAAGGCGGCAGCCCGAGGCCUCUUCUUGCUCCUUCGCCACUGGGACCAGAACCUCCAACUCCGCCUGUUGUGCUACAGCCCCGCCAAUGUCUGAGCGCGGAGCCUGGAGCUGGGCGGGCUCUCCGGGCCCCGCCCCCUCCACUGUAGAAAUCCUUCUUCCGCCACAGAAAGUGCCUGCUCUCCUUCCCUUCAUCCACUCCCUUCCCUCCAAGACAGAAACCGCCUC